AUGGCUGCGAUUGUCGCAGCGCCAUCUCUUGAAGAGCUGUCCUUGGUUAAUGUUUGUGGACAACAAUGCAUGCCUGGUGUGGAGACCAACUUGGCCGAACUUCUGCUGACCGCCGCAGAAGCAACUCCGGACCGAGUCUGCCUAGAAGCUGAGGAGGAGAGCUACACUUUUGCGCAGGUCGCCCGCAUGGCGAACUCGAUCCGCAAAGUUCUCCGCAAAGCUCUGGCUUCCUUGGACCUCCCCAGUGUGUCAGGCGAGUCGGCGCCGGAAGCUCACCAGCGCAGAUCGGACGAGCAUGUGGUGACCAUCGUGCUAGACCGCGGCGUGAGGAGCAUCGCAGCCGUGCACGCCGUGAUGUUAGAGAGAUGUGCAUACAACGCCUUCGACGUUGGAGAGCCCGUGGAGAAGCUUCGAAGUUGGGUGGAAGUCUCGCGCCCACCAGUGAUGAUCUCCAACGCCGCGGUUUUGAAGCGACUUGGUCUGACGGACAUCGCGGCGACUUUGGGCGACUUCCCGCGCGUGGUCAUCGACGCCGACUUGGCUCUGAAGAAGGCGGACAGCCGGGGCUCGGGCUGGCUUCCCGCCAAGCAUGAUGCGGAAGAUCUCGACAGAUUGGCCUACCUGAUCUUCACAAGUGGGUCCACGGGAAAGCCCAAGGCCGUGAUGAUCCGACACAAGUCGGCCCUGAACGUGGUGCGCAUCUGGGGGAAGUAUGUUGGCCUGGGCUCCCAUGAUCGCUUCGCCCAGGUGGCGUCCAUGUCCUGGGAUGUGCACAUCAUCGAAGUCUACGGCACCAUGUCGGUGGGAGCCACGAGCGUCACCUGCCCCGACAUGAUCAAGAAGUCGGGUCCUGACAUGCAGGUGUGGCUGAAGGAUCGAGAGAUCACCGGCAUGAGCGUGGUGCCGUCGCACCUGCGCACCAUGGCCGGUGGUGGAGCCGACGUUUCGAGAAGCUCCGCAGGGCUUCCGCACCUCAGAAUCUUGGACGUUGGAGGAGAAGCGCUGGGUGCAGAUGUGGUGUCCACUUGGGCCCCUGGACGUCGCCUCUUCAACAGCUACGGGCCCUCGGAGAUCUCGGUGGUCUGCACCGGCGCCUACGUGAACCCGGGCGACGUGAUCACCAUCGGCGCAGAGCUGCCGACCUACACUUGCUACAUCUUGGACCCUGAAACGCUGGAGCGGAAGGCGGACGGCGAGCGCGGCGUGCUCUUCGUGGGAGGCAUUGGCCUGGCGCGGGGCUACCUCGAAGAGGAGGAGAAGACGAAGGCCAAGUUCCUCGACCUGCCGGGGCUCGGCCGCGUCUACAACACCGGCGACCUCGCGCUCCGCGAUGAGACGGGGCGGAUCCAAUACCACGGCCGAGUGGACUGGCAGGUGAAGGUGCGGGGCAUCCGGAUCGAGCUGGAAGCCUUGGAGCAGGCCAUCGUGGAGCUGCCGGCGGUGAAGCACUGCGAGGCUCGCGUUCUGGACAACGGCCAGCGUUUGGUGCUGCUGGCUUCAGGGCAGGAGGUUUCGGAGGCGGAGCUGAAAUCGACGGCCGCGUCGCUGGGGCGUGGCUACGUCCUCAGCCAGGUGAAGAUCGUGGAGAACGACGCCUGGAAGUUCAACGCUUCCGGAAAGCUCUUGCGGAACGUGGUCCCUCUGGACGAGGAGGUGGACGUAGAGGCGAAGAAAGAUGGCUGGGAGGCCUUCGAGAAGACCGGGGUGUCGGACCUCGAGCUUGAAAUCGCGGCCUGCCUGGCACCGCAGCUCACUGUCGCGGAGUGGAACCGGGACUCGCACUUCAUGGAGGAUCUCGGCGUUGACUCCGGAGGCUUCGGACGACUGAUCUCUCAGAUGCGGUCCAAGCCGAGGCUGCAGAGGAUCGACCUGCAGAUGCUCUUUGAGCGCCCCACGGUGCGAUCACUGGCCUCCGCUCUUGCCGAGCAGUCUGCAGACUCAGACUCGGAGGACGACGUGAAUCUGGAACCGGACCUGCUGGAUUCCUUCCUUGAGGCCGUGAAGGAGCACCCCCACGCUGUCUGCCUCGAGGGGAGCCAUGCGUCUUUGAGCUAUUUGCAGCUGCAUCGGCAGAUGAUGGCCUAUCAGCGACUGCUGCAUCAAGCCAAGCCGUCCAGGGGAAGCGUCGUGGCAAUCUGCCUGGAAUCCAUGGAUAGGCUGGGUGCCACGUUGGGGGUCCUCCGCGAAGGGUGCGCCUUCAGCUUUCUUGGUUCGGACUUUCCGGAGCAGAUCAAGCUGCUGAAGCCGGAUUUCAUCCUGGCCAGCUCCGACGACAGCAGCUGGGAUCAGCUGUCCGAGCUUCGCGACGGUUCCUCCGCUCAAACGAGCAGCCUUCUCGACAUGAGCGCGGUGAACUCCCUGCUGUCGCAGCCUCCCAAGGCUAGAAAGGCGAUGCAGGGUGACGACGUCUGUUGCGUUGCCCUGGAAGUGCGUGGAGGUGUGCAGUGCGCAGUCCCUGCGUCGCACCGCACUGUGCUGCAAGCUCUCUCCGCCUGGUGCCCCCUCACGCAAGGCGAGCGGAUGUCCAUCCUGACACAGGUCGGUACUGCGGGCAACGUCUUGAGCACCUGGAGCAUCCUGGCCCAAGGCGCGACGCUGGUGACCCACGAUGUUGAGCAGGUGCAGCAGGCCCGCGCUGAGCUGCUGAUCUGCGAGCAUGACAAGAUCCCACGUCGUGGUGCCGGUCAGUGCAAGAUCUUGCAGCUAGCAGCGGAGGGCGGCUUCACAGUUGUUCCAUCGAUUCCCAAGUUCACGCCUGCGGGAACUGCAGAGAGCCUUCGUUCACGAGCUCUUCGCUCGUCCUCCAUGCUCUCUUUGGCUUCGUCUUUGGCUCCCUACAUCCUGGGACAGAGCCAGAAAGAGGAAACGGAGAGCUUCGGAGAUCAGAGCCGUCCCGUGCUAUGUGCUGCGGUGCAGGGCUUUGCGAUUUUGGGGCAGCCAAUCUUUGUUGCAUCUCGCCUGUUGUUGGCAGAAAGAGUGCUGCUGCCUCUGGCGUUCAUGCUACCUCUCUGGCAAACCUUCCUCUUGGUCGUAGCUCUCCUGACGUUGGAGCAGUUCGUUCGAGUCUUCAUCUUGGUGAUUGUGAAGUGGUCGCUGAUCGGUCGCUACAAGGAAGGCGAUCAUGACAUCUACAGCUUCUUCUAUCUGCGUCACUGGCUGGUAGAGCACAUGGCCAAAGGCACCAUCGUCGGACAAAACGCACAUCAGGGAAGCAGCAUCGCGUUCUUGUUCCUCCGCAACCUUGCUUUGAGGGCCCUUGGCGCAGAUGUCAGAUUGACCUCCGUUGUCACUGCUCGUGUUGUGGCGUACGACCUGGUUUCAGUUGGUGACUUGGCGACCGUCCAUGGCCCUCGACACUUGACUGCUGUGAACUACGGCAGCCGCCGCAUGGUCCUGAAACCUGUGAAAGUUGGUGCAGGCGCCUAUGUGGGCCCCAACUGCACGUUGGAGCCGGGAUGUGAGAUUGCAGCAGCGGGCUACGUGGAACCGUUGUCAGCCGUCCCUUCUGGCAUGGUGGUGGAUGGGCGCGUGUGCGGCGUUCCUGCUCAAGUGGUGGGGCCUAAAGAUCUCAGCAGGUUGCCUGGCUCUGGGGAAGUUCGAAGCUUUCGGAGACGUGCGGCCUUCAUUGCUACGGCCUACUGGAUGCUGCUACUUCCCAAAGCGUUGAUGCCGCUCCUGGGCGUCGUUGCCUUCCAGUUGCUCAGCUCGUAUCCCUGGGAUCAUCAAGAAGUUGUGAGGGAAGAGUUCAUGUACCCGGAGCACGUGGACGUACUGCCCACCAUGCUGAUGGACCGGCUGGAAUGGAUCCCGCUCAUUGCCUUCGGUGCUUCCAUGCUGAACGCGGUGCUCCAGCUUGGCGGAACGGCCGUCCUCUGCCGGUUUCUGCCGAAAGUGAGGCCGCCUUGCACCUAUUCCCUGCUGAGCAUCCGAGCGCAGAUCGCGGCCUUGAAGAUGUCUAUGGUGUUGCAGGCGUCAGAGAUGCUCGCCGAUGCCUCCAUCGUACCCGCCUUCAUCCGGUUGUGUGGUGCUACCUUUGGGCACGGAUGCGCCAUGGGCUUGCAGGUGACGCUCCCGGAGACGCUGGUGGUGGGCAAGGGAUGCUUCUUUGCCACCGGCAACAUCUUGACCAGCGUGGACGUCGACCAGGGGAAGUUCAACGUGCCUUGCAUCACCGAAAUGAGCGAUCACACCUUCCUGGGAAAUCACAACCACCUGCCGGAGGGUCUGCCCGAGGGUAGCUUCUGCGGAGUGGGCACCUGGCUGCCGAAGAGACCCACGGAACCCAACAUGAGCUACUUCGGCAACCCUGCCAUGAAGUUCCGUCGCUUGAGCAGUCAGGCUGCAGGCCUGAGUGCACGAAGCUAUGGCCGCAAGGUGAACCGGGGCCCCGAAGCGGCCAGCUGCCUGGCGCGUUUCUGGCACCACUUCAGCACCAGCAUCUUGGACGUCUUCCUCUACCGCGGCGUGCAGGGCACCGUCACGGCUCUUGCCAUGCUGACGAGCCGCCUCCUCUGCCCGAUGAUCACAGCAACUUGGGAAGUCUUUGCGCUGCUCCUCGUCUACGUCGCCUUCGCCUUGGUCUCCUGGUACCUCUUCUCGGUGGUGCUGGGCAAUCUGCUCUUCAAUGGAUCAACCCCCCACAGCAACGCCUACUACUCCACCACAGUCACGCGCUGGUUCACCGCGCUCACCGCCCAGCAGCGAGUCUUCAAACUGCCAUUUCAGACAGCGGGAAGCCGCUGGCAAGCUCCCGUCCUGAGACUGCUUGGCGCUCGCGUGGGCAAGCGGUUCUUCUGCAUGAACGAGCUGGUGCUGGUGGACGCUCCCUUCACGGACAUCGGCGAUGACGUCACAGUGGACUAUGAUGGACAGGUGAGAUGUCACUCCUUCGAGGACUUCCGGCUGAAAUUCACCCACUACUCGGUGGGGCACCGAGUGACCAUCAUGUCCGGUGCCAGUGUGGCUAUGUGCCAUGCGGGAGAUGGCGCGGUGCUGCGUCCAGGGAGUCUCAGCUGGAAGGGCAGCAACUUGGAGCCCGGUGUUGUCUACGAGGGCGCCCCUGCGUCCGCCCUGGGUGACCUCGAGGCAGGGCUUCCCACGCUCUUGCAGGGCAAAGCGAAGUUGCCAACGGUGAAGAAGUGA